AUGUCUGUAAAUGACUCAACAAGUGCUAAAGGUGAGAAUUACUAUUAUUUUUUUGAUUUUUAGCGAAACUUUUUAUUCAACUAUUAUAAGGUCAUGAAUAAUAUAGUUUAUCGUGUUAGAGCCAACUGUUUGUGGUGCGCAAUCGACCCACGUGAUGCUGAUAUCAUACGACGGGCAUGAAUUCAUUGUUCCUCGAGAAAUGGCCGAACUUUCAAACACGAUCAAGUCGAUGAUGACCGGGCCAUUCGAAUCCACCGAAACAAUGCCAAAUUCGGUCAAUUUGAAAGACGUCCCGUGAGUUUCAAUCGGUUUUUGAGGUCUAGAAGAGGUUGGUAAGAGAUUUGCCAUUAUUUUUCAAAUUUUAGAUCUCAUGUUCUUCGCAAGGUCUGCCACUACUUAGCCUACAAAAUGCGUUUCACGGACCACGAAGAGGAGAUUCCGGAGUUCGAAAUUGCUCCCGAGGUCGCCCUUCAGCUACUGAUGACUUCCAAUUUUCUUGAUAUUUGA